AUGGACCAUCAGCCCAAAGAAGGCAUUCUCGGCGGCUCAGCUGACCAUCCCGACUCUGCGAGCCUGGACUCAAUUUCAGCGGGCAAUGUUGUAGCUCCGGUCCCGAUCGACGAGGCACAGUUAGUCAGAAGAAUUGACUUUCGUGUGCUGCCUAUACUUUUUAUUGUAUAUGUUGUAUCAAUCCUCGAUCGUGUCAACAUCUCAUAUGCACUCACACUGGGGCUACCAGAUGAGCUGGGACUCAAGGGGUCACAACCUAAUGUUGCCUUAACCGUCUUUUUCAUUCCGUUUAUCAUCUUUGAGAUACCAUCCAAUCUGCUCUUGAAACGCCUUAAGCCUCGGUUCUGGCUUUCGUCAUGCGUUUUUGUUUUUGGAGUGGUGACAAUCGGCCAAGGCUUUGUGCAAAAUUAUCACUCACUAUUAGCUACGCGUUUUCUAUUAGGACUCGCGGAAGCAGGCAUUUUUCCCGGCAGCUUCUAUUUGAUUAGCUUCUGGUACAAGCAGGAAGAAGCCCAGAAACGAUUCACUGUCUACUGGUCCAGCACUAUCGUCGCCGGUGGAUUUGGCGGACUCCUUACUAGUGCUAUCGCUAACCUAGGAGGUGUUCAAGGCCUUUCAAGCUGGAGAUGGGUUUUUAUUCUCGAGGGAAUAGCCACUAUUCUAGUUGCUGUCGCUGCACUAUUCUUUGUUUCUGAUUUUCCACGGGAGGCUAAUUGGUUAUCGGAAAAUGAGAGAGAGUUCUUGUUGAAGAAAACCGAGUCGGAAGAGCCUCACACCGUCCCCAUCACUACCGUAGAUAUAAAAAGUUUUUUGUCAAAGCCCACAAACUGGCUUGGCGCUCUAAUGUACUUCUCACUUCUGGUAUCAGUGUAUUCUGUUGUUUACUUCGUCCCGUCGAUCGUCAAAGAUUUGGGCUACAGUACGAUUCAAACGCAGCUACACUCAGUGCCCCCCUUCGCUGCCGCCUUGGGGUUCACCAUCAUUUCAGCCUAUCUCUCUGAUAAAUUCCAACUACGAUCGCCCUUCAUAUUUCCUGCCUUAUCAUUGCUUAUCACUGGUCUGGCUAUAUUACGAACAGUCCAUGGUACCGAACACUUCUCCGCAGAAUACGCGGCCAUAAUUCUCACAACUAUCGGUUCCGUUGGUAUAGGAGGCCAUGUAGUCUGCUGGUAUUUGAUGAACCUCCGAGGCCACGCAGAGAGAAGCAUUGGCUCGGCAUGGAUGAUCUGUUUCGGUGGGUUCGGGGGAAUCGUUGCUACCUUUGCGUUUCUGAAACAGGACUCGCCGUAUUAUCGUACCGGUUAUUCUAUCAAUCUCGCUACUGCUUCGCUAUGUGUGGUUGUUCAUGCAUGUUAUGGGUUGCUUAUCUGGCGGCAAAGGAAAGCAAUGAACCACGGAGACGAGAAGAGCGGAUAUGUGCUGUAUAUGUAA